AUGACCAGCAGAACAAAGAAAGAAGAGCAGAAGAAAGAUGAGGGGAACAUCAUGGCUGUGCUAACGGCUACGCUAGCCGAACACAAGAAAUCCCUCUCAGCGGAGUUCAAUGCGGCGUUUACUAAACUGGAAUCAAAACGGGAGCACUUUGAAUCCACCAUUACUACCCACCACCAGCGAAUUUCAUCACUGGAAAAUGUGGCCCCCUACCAUGAGCGAGACUACGGGCAAUUCAGGCUGAGCUGGCUUAGGGUGACCGGAGAGAACAACGGGCUAAAAGCUAAGCUAAUUGACUUGGAAGUAGGAGCCGCCGCAACAACGCUAGAAAUAGUUAGGAGUGCGGCGAGCCACGAUGGCAUGUGCACCCACUCAAUGCCCCAGAAUCCCUACAAGGAAGAGCAGCUCCGGUAUGUCCUCCUUGUUCACUGUGGCGGGAAUAACCUGGGCGAUAUCAAGCGUGUGAACCUUAUUGCAGGAAUGAAGGAGGACCUGCAGCACUAUCUUCUAUGGCAUCACCCAGAGAUGCAGGUUGAUGGGAGCAGUCUGUACAUCACAGAUGAUGCAAACACCGCAACAUUUCCAGAGCCAUCUGGACGUUUUUGCACCCACAAUCUUAUACAUCGCGGUCAUUACGAGGUUCACGGGGAACAAGAUCAAAGUCCGCUUCCUGCGAGCAGAGCCGUACCCACGGCUGCUGUUCCUUUUGCCUUCAUGCGCCGCUCUGCCUCUGACGCUGCUGCUUCCACCGAAACACCACGACCUUCCCUUGGAACUCCACGAGCUACUGGCCUGUUCUCUGCAAGAUCCUUCCAAAGGUCAAUCCAUGUUGCUGAAAUAGUAAAUGACAAGCUCAGUACUUCCAGGACAGUUGUCAUUCGCUUUUUGGAAGCUGAUGCAAAUGUGGAACGAAUAACAGCAAAGGUGAAGGAUGCAUUAGGCUGUGAUGAGCCACUUACCCUGACAGACAGCCAAGGGAAUGAAAUAGUGGACUCAGAGGGCACAAGAAGUUCCCAAUACUGGAAACAGAACUCCAGAAAAAUCUAUGCCAUCUCUGAAUAUGACUUUGUGGAGUUCCAGAAUGGAAGAAGAGCUAAAGCAAGCCGAAGGGCUGAAGACAGUUGGAGUGCACAAGAGGUCAUUGGUAAAAUUGACCAACUAAAGCAAGCUGCAGAGAGCCUCCAAGACAUCACUACAACCAUAAACCAGCUGUCUGAGCUUGCAAAGUCCAAAACCACAACAGGGAUGCCAGUUGCUUGUCUGCAGACUUUAAAGGACGCCCUCACCUGUCUAAUUUGUAAAGGAGAUCCCAAAAAAGAGUAA